CGGCGAUGAUCGCCGCCACUGUCACAAAUAUGAUCGCCGCCGCCGCCCUCGGCUUCCUCGCGCCCACCCGCGUCUACCGCGGAAGCGUCAGCAUGGAUGUCGUCUACCGCGGACGCGUCAGCAUGGAUGUCGUCAAGACGAACGCGGUCAAGGUGAGCGGCAACUUCGAGAUCACCGACAGCAUCAGCUCGUUCGCCGACAAGAAGCUGGCGAAGCCGCUCGAGACGUUCGGCGCGCUGCUGACCGACGACCUGAUGCUGCACCUGAAGGUCGAGUCGAGGGCUCUCCACGAUACGGAGCACAAGGGUAAGGAGGCGCACAUCGCGGAGGCGACGGUGUACUGUGUUGACAAGCACGUGAUCAACGCAAAGGCAGAGGGAGAGGACAUGUACGCGUCGAUCGACGAGCUGGCGGACACGCUGACGCGGUCGCUGCGGAAGUACAAGGAGAAGCGGAUUGAUCUCAAGGAGGGGCGCAAGCGCGCGAGCAAGGGCGAGCUCGCGGAGGGCGGAGACUCGGAUGAGGAGCUGGAGGAUGAGAGCGAGGUGCCCGCGGAGUGAGGGAAGGGGUGCGGCUCCGAUAGCCGCUGAGGCGACGCAUGACGCCAUGAGGGGCCAUGACCGCGCGUCUGUUUAUACCGUUGGCGGCACACGCGGGCCACGCUUCCACUUUUGCCGUGUGAUGCCGCCGCCCAGGGUACCCAUGCGUCGCGGGUGAAAACGGCGCCGGCCGUGAUGCCGCCGCCCAGUGUGUGUUGCGUUGACCGGCAUCGACACAUAAAAUAAAAC